AUGGAUGAUACAGCUGCGUUGGAGUUGGAGGUGGAGGCGACACGGCGCAAGCUGCGGGACCUUGAACGCCGGCUGGGCGACAGUCGCCGCGCCUCGGCACCGCAGGCCGUGACUAAGAACAGCCAUGUGGCACCCCUGAAUGCGGGUGACACGUUGACGUCUUUUGUGUGCGCAGCGGCGUCGUUAACAAAGGCGGAUGUGGAGCGUUUCUCGCGGCAGAUGAUGGUGGAAGGCGUCGGCGCCAUCGGCAUGGAGCGCAUUCGUCGGGGGCGUGUGCUGCUGGUGGGCGCUGGUGGCCUGGGCAGCACCAUUGCACUUUUUCUCGCGGCUGCAGGCGUGGGUGAGCUGAGGAUUGUUGACUUUGACACUGUGGAGCUGAGCAAUCUGCACCGCCAAGUGAUACACACAACAGACCGUGUCACGUGGAAAAAGGUGGACAGCACGGCAAGCGCAUGUUAUGCACUUAACCCGGAUAUUCUGGUUCUUCCACUGGCGUUGCCGCUUGAUGCCUCUAACGCGGAGGAUCUCGUGCGGGACUGCGAUGUGGUGGUGGAUGGGACGGACAAUGUUGCGGCGCGCUACUUAAUAAAUGACGCCGCUGCCCGACAGCGAAAGCCUGUUGUCAGCGGCAGUGCGAUGCGUUGGGAUGGUCAGUUAUCGGUGUAUGGGUAUGACGGUGGUCCAUGUCUACGCUGUCUUUUCCCUGUUCCGCCGCCACCAGAGGCGGUCGGAAGCUGCAACGACACAGGUGUUAUGGGUCCGGUGCCUGGCUGCAUUGGCUGUUUGCAGGCGAUGGAGGUGCUGAAGAUUUUGACACAAGCCGGAGAUGUACUUUCAGGACGCAUGCUUAUCUUUGAUGGACUCCGCUUUCGCGUGCAAGUUGUGAACCUUCGUUGUAGACAAGCGUCAUGUCCAGCGUGCGGAGAUGCGGUGGAUAAAAGUAUCCGGCUACAGGAACUCGUAGCGCAGCAUCCCGAGUACAUUGGGGUGUCAUGUGUAUCUGGGUCCGUCUUGAAUGCACAACCGCUUCCCACGGAAGCGCGAGCCUCAGCGAGGGAGCUUUUCGCAUAUCUUCAACGCGCAGAGGGCACCACGGCAAACUGCUUGAUUUUAGAUGUGCGAUCGAAGCAGCAGUACGACAUGGCCCAUCUUCCUACUGCCGUCUCACUGCCGCUGCCGCAUCUUAAAAAAUGGCAGUCUGAUGAUGUACUUUGGGACGAGUGGGAGCGUUUCGUAAGUUGCUAUCAUACUGGUACGGACGGUUGUUUGACGGUUUUUGUGAUCUGUCGCAGAGGGAUCUCGUCGACCGAAGCCGCACGAAUUCUCUUGUCGCUUCAACCACCGUGCAAAACGGGGUAUGAUGGUUGCGUCGACGCCACAACGCCCUCCACCUCAACGCGGCGGUACCGCUUUCUGAACGUGGACGGGGGACUUAACCGGUACCACCAGGAGGCUGACAAGAACUUUCCUUUUUACUAA